CAUCCAUGUUUCUACCACGUGUUUGUGUCCAUCAGUAACGUGGAGUUGAUGCUUUGUAAUUCGUGGACAAAUAACUGGAUAAACUCCUGCCGAGGAAUAUUUUGACGAGUGUUUCUCUGUAGACCUUUAGUUCUCACAAACCACAAUGAAGUACAUCCUGGUUACAGGUGGAGUUAUAUCUGGUAUCGGUAAAGGUAUAAUUGCCAGCAGUGUUGGGACAAUCCUCAAGUCUUGUGGUCUUCAUGUGACAGCCAUCAAAAUCGACCCAUAUAUCAAUAUUGAUGCUGGAACCUUUUCACCUUAUGAACAUGGUGAGGUUUUUGUUCUUGAUGACGGUGGUGAAGUGGAUCUAGAUUUGGGAAACUAUGAGCGUUUCCUGGACAUCCGCCUUAUCAGAGACAACAAUCUCACCACCGGAAAAAUCUACCAGUCAGUGAUCAGCAAGGAGAGGAGAGGAGACUACCUGGGAAAGACUGUACAAGUGGUACCCCACAUCACAGAUGCCAUCCAGGAAUGGGUAAUGAAGCAAGCAAAGAUUUCAGUAGAUGAUGAUGGUGUGGAGCCUCAAGUCUGCGUUAUCGAGCUGGGAGGCACGGUGGGAGAUAUCGAGAGCAUGCCUUUCAUCGAAGCCUUCAGACAGUUCCAGUUCAAGGUGAAGAAGGAGAACUUCUGCAACAUCCAUGUCAGCUUGAUACCACAGCCCAACACCACAGGAGAACAGAAAACCAAACCAACCCAGAACAGCGUCCGGGAGCUUCGAGGGCUGGGCUUGUCUCCAGAUUUGAUCAUGUGCCGCUGUACAACGCCCCUGGAAACAUCUGUCAAGGAGAAGAUCUCCAUGUUUUGUCACGUCGAGCCUACACAGGUGAUCUGCGUCCAUGACGUGUCGUCGAUUUACAGAGUGCCUCUGCUGCUGGAAGACCAAGGUGUCGUGGACUACUUGUGUCAGCGGCUGCACCUGCCGGUGGAGAUGAGGCCCAGAAAACUGCUCACCAAGUGGAAGGAGAUGGCCGACAGAUCGGAUCGUCUCUUGGAGCACGUUUGUAUAGCUUUGGUGGGAAAAUACACAAAGUUGUCCGACUCCUACACAUCUGUAAUUAAGGCCUUGGAGCACUCUGCCCUCGCCAUUAAUCACAAACUGGAGGUCAAGUACAUCGACUCUGCAGACCUGGAAGCCACAACUAAGCAAGACGAACCGGUGAAAUACCACGAGGCCUGGCAGAAGCUGUGCAGUUCUAAUGGUGUGUUGGUACCAGGAGGUUUUGGUGAAAGAGGGACAGAAGGCAAGAUACUGGCUAUUAAUUGGGCAAGGAAACAGAAUAAACCGUUCCUGGGGGUUUGUUUGGGCAUGCAGCUGGCGGUGUGCGAGUUCGCCCGCGACGUUCUUAAAUGGGAAGGUGCCAACUCCACAGAAUUUUAUCCAGACACCAAACACCCUGUGGUGAUUGACAUGCCAGAGCACAACGGUGGGCAGAUGGGCGGUACUAUGAGGUUGGGGAAGAGGCGGACCAUUUUCAAAUCCAACAGUGUGCUGAGAAAACUCUACGGGGAUGUGGACCAUGUUGAAGAAAGGCACAGACACAGAUUUGAGGUGAAUCCAGAGCUGAAGCAUCACUUUGAAAAAAAGGGACUUCGGUUUGUUGGUCAGGAUGAGGAAGGAGAGAGAAUGGAGAUCAUUGAGCUGGAGGAGCACUGUUACUUUGUCGGAGUGCAGUAUCAUCCAGAGUUUACCUCCAGACCCAUCAAACCCUCUCCUCCAUACUUCGGCCUGCUGCUGGCUGCUGCUGGAAAGCUGCAGAGCUACCUGACCAAGGGCUGUCGCCUUUCUCCAAGGGACACUUACAGCGACCGCAGUGGCAGCAGCUCUCCUGACUCGGACGUUCCCGAUCUUAAGUUCCCCUCUUUGGAGUUGUGAGUCUCCAUGCAGAUAAAUCCAACUGUGAGAAGACUCUGGUCCGCCCCAAACUGUGGCUGCGAAAGGACAAUGUCUGUUAUAAAGCUUUUACAAUAACUGGUCAAAGAAGAACUUUAUACAAGGGUUUGAUUGACUGUUCAUGAUGUGUUUUUUUUAGAGAGGAAACUGGGGUUUGUUUUUUUGUUGUUUUUACAACAGUAAAUGAUGAACGGUAAUACAUCCCAUCAGUGCUGUGCUGAAGUCUGUCAUGCUGUACAUUGUGUUAAUAACAUCAUACCUGGGAAACCUGUAAAUUGUGUUUUUUCUCACAUAGACGCUUGUUAACAAUUAGUAAAUUAAUGUCAGAAUUAAAACAGCAAGGCUCACAGAGGGUUACGUGGGAGUCGGGAUGUGUAUUUUUAUUUUGUUUCUCUCUUUUGUCAACUUUCCUGCAAACAGUGUGUUUAGAAACUGAAGCCAGUCAUGGUAGUUUAUCUUUAUGUAUUUAACCGUCAGAAAUUCUUAUCUUAUUGUUUGACAUCUGUAGGUUUAAAUAAUCUUACUCUACGUUGUAUUCAAAUCUCUGGAACUAUCCAAGAGUUAGCGGUAUAUUCUGUCACUAGGAUUGAAGCACUGAUAGUCAAAUGUGCUAUUUGUUUUUAAUUUAAACGGUAUACUAUGAAAUAGUCUGACGGAGUUUACUUAUUUUUGUGUGAUGAAAUGACUCUGGGUGCAUGAAUUAUGUCCUUGUGGCCUUUUAUUUCCUAUCAAUAAACAGUUUUGUCCUCCU